AUGGGAAAUAUCCGCUCGAAACGGAAGACCGACCCUCAUCUCAACGAUGCCAAUUUUGACCCGGACGAGAAAUGGUCAAAUUUGUAUCGGGAACGCGAGAAGAACCAUCUCUACAAAUGGGUCGGCACAAGGAAAGGGGGCGAGCUGAUCACCGUGUUCGAGCGGGAUGGAGAGGAUGGAGUGUUGAGGUUCGCCGACGAGAAGAUGAUCUCGAUGCUGUACAACGAGGGCGAGCUGGCCCAAGCCAUCAAGCGCCAAGACUACGAGAAGUGGAAGAAGGGAGUGAACGUCUCCCUGGGCCUGUCCGAAGAGGGUGAACUGCUCCAACUUCUCCGGGGUGAUGAGUUCCCUAAUCACGAUGCGUUGUGGCGGCUGAACAAGCGAGGGGUCGAUGGCGAAAACGUUGUUCAUCUACUGCUCAAUCGAGAGCAGCCCGUUUGCUACGAGAUCGGGAGAAUAUUGCUGAAACGAUUCCCGGGGAUGACUAACGAUAUGUAUAUGGGGGAUGAACAUUUUGGCCAAACAGCCCUCCACCUAGCCAUCGUUCAUGACGACCAUGAGACGGUACAACUACUGCUGUCCAACAAGGCGGAUGUAAUGGCGAGGGCACGGGGCAACUUCUUCUUGCCGGAGGACUGGAAGAAAACCGGCGAGAUUGUCGAUUACCAAGGCUACGCUUACUACGGUGAGUACCCACUCGCAUUUGCCGCCUGCUUCGGCAACAAGGACAUCUAUGAUAUGUUGAUCCAGCACGGCGCCGACCCAAACAAGCAGGACUCGUUCGGGAAUUCGAUUCUGCACAUGUGCGUCAUCAACUACAGCAGCUCAAUGUACUCGUACGCCGUACGCCACUGGGCCAAACCCGCGGAUCCAAAUGUGCAUAAUCACGCCGGGUACACGCCGCUGACGCUCGCCACAAAGUUGGGCCGCAAGCAGAUCUUUGACGAAAUGUUGGAGCUGAUGAAAGUGGAAUUCUGGCGCUUCUCGGACAUGACGUGCUCGGCUUAUCCGCUGUCGGCGCUCGACACUAUUCGACCCGACGGAUCGACGAACUACGACUCGGCCCUGAUGACGGUCAUCAACGGGACGACGACAGAACAUUUGGACAUGAUCGGCAGUGAGGUCAUUCAGCGUCUUUUGAUGGACAAAUGGAAGGCUUUUGCGCAGCGAAAAAUGUGGGAGCGUCUUGCGCUGCUAGGAGUUCAUUUGGUGUGCCUCUGCUUGGUCGUCUACUUACGGCCCGCCCAGACGGAGAGGUUAUACAUGGAGGACCCGAAAUGGGAUGAUUACGUGCGUACCGUCUUCGAAAUUCUAACCGUCAUCUCGUGCAUCGUCUUCGUCUUUUUCCAACAAUUCAGCGAGCUUCGGCAGCAGGGUUUCUACAGUUAUCUGCGGAAUUUGAUAACUGCCCCCGCCAAGGUGAUCUUCUUGGCGGCAAAUGUCUGCUUGUUGCUGUGUGUUCCCUGCAGGAUGCUGCGUAAGCACGAGUUCGAGGAGGCGCUCUUCGUCUUUGCGCUACCGGGAAGUUGGAUAUUUUUGCUGUUUUUCGCAAGGAGCUUGAAGCUUACGGGUCCAUUUGUACAGAUGAUCUACAGUAUGAUUGCCGGAGACAUGAUCCGGUUUGCCAUUAUUAGCGCCAUCUUCUUGGUGUCCUUCUCGCAGGUGUUCUACUUCGUCGGGAAAGACAUGGGGGCCAAGCAGAAGCUGGCUGAUGACAAUAUUGACCACUGUGAAGUACAGGGGUAUACCAUCUACACGUACAACAACUUCCUCGAGACGUUCAUCACCCUGUUUAGGGCUAGUAUGGGUGGAUAUGAUUACGAAGAAUUCGCGUGUGCCAACUACGAGGCCCUGACGAAGACGUUGUUCGUGCUGUACAUGUUCGUGAUGCCGAUCAUGAUGAUCAACAUCCUCAUCGCUAUGAUGGGAAAUACUUACACCACUGUCAUCGCACAGGCCGAGAAAGCCUGGAGGCAACAGUACGCCCAAAUCGUGAUGGUCCUGGAGCGAUCGGUGAAUCGAGAGCGGCUGGCAGCUUGCCAACUGGAAUAUUCCAUCAAACUCAACGAGGCCAACGAUACGGGCGAAGAGAUUAGAGGUCUUAUGGUCAUCAAGCAGACCAAAAAGACACGCGCCAAGCAGCGGAAGCAGGCCAUCAACAACUGGAAGAAUAUAGGCCGUAAGGUAAUUCACACGAUCGAAAAAGUGGGUGUGGAACAUGCGAUUAUACUACUGCACGGCCACGAUCGACUGAUGGAGGAGGAGAGGGUGCCGAGCCGGAAUCGGACGCCGACAAGGCUAACCACCGGCCGUGCCCGUCCCCGUACAACCCUGAGCCGUGGCUACUCCCAGCGUGCCCAUACCCCGUUCGAGAUGGCCGAGGUGGUGACGGAGACUGCCCGUUUCCAAGAGGUCCGAUUGGGGACGGCUUCAAGAAGUCCAAACGAGGCGUCAACCUCUUCCCUUCAGCCGGGCGGCGCCGAGUGGCAGCAGAUCAAGCAGCAAUCGGCGGAUAUCGAGGAUCGACCGCCACGCGUCAUCCAAAGGCAUAUGUCGAUCGCGAUGCAGGAGUUGCACAUACAGCAGCAACGGGUUCGAGUCCGUGGGGCAGAGAUGGUCCCAUCAGUCGAUGUCCCCAAUAUGCCAUCAUUUUCCGGCCCUCAUCGCGCCAUCUCCCCAAAAAUUCGCACCGACAUGUUCCGGAAGAAGGACUCGCCCGGGUCUGGAGGAUCGAAA